AUGGCAGACUCAACCCAGCCGCCGCCCAUCAGGUACGCCGUCGCUCUCUUCCCAGGUUUCCAGCUCCUCGACGUCGCCGGCCCGCUCGACAUCCUCGCCGUGCUCGCGCAGCAGGUCCCCGUCACUGUGUACAUCCUCGCCGCGACCCUCGCGCCCGUCACAUCGCGCACCGCGCGCCCCGGCUCCGUCGGGCAGGAGAUUGUUCCCACACACACCUUUGACAAUCCACCCAAUGACAUUGAGGUCCUGCUGAUCCCCGGCGGCGGCGGCACGCGCGACACGGCCGGCACGCAGGCGCUCGUCGACUAUGCGGCGCGGGCAUAUCCGAAGCUCCGAUACUUCCUGACGGUGUGCACCGGCGCGGCGCUGGCGGCCCGCGCGGGGCUCUUAAAUGGGAAAAGAGCAACGACGAAUAAGCUGGCGUUUGAUUGGGUGAUGGGGUUGGGCCCCAAGGUUAACUGGAUACGCCGUGCGCGCUGGGUCAGCGACGGCAAUAUAUGGACGUCAUCGGGUAUCUCGGCCGGCAUCGACAUGACGUUUGGCUUUGUUGCCGCGCAGUACGGCGAGGAGGUGGCCGCGACGGUCGCCCACAGGCAAGAGUACAUCCGCAACACGGAUCCCACCAAUGAUCCCUUUGCGCCCGAAUCGGCAGAGUAG